UGGUCUGCAUAUUCAGCGUAUGCGUAACUCUUCAAGUUUUUGAAGAAAAAUGGCAAUAUUCAUCACGACCCCACGUAAAAGACAUGUUUGUGAUGAAUUUACAGAACCUCAGCGCUUGGUGACACCGGGAGCGACAAUCACAGCUGAUUCCGACUUCAUGAGAGGUCAUGGAACUUACAUGGAAGAAGAUGAGCUGAUCGCAUCAGUUGCAGGAGUAGUGGAGAAAGUCAACAAACUCAUUAGUGUCAGGCCACUCAAAACAAGAUAUAACGGAGAAGUCGGUGAUGUCAUUGUUGGAAGAAUACAAGAAGUCGGACAGAAGAGAUGGAAGGUGGAUGUCAACUCUCGUCUCAAUGCCAUUCUGAUGCUAUCCGCUGUCAACCUUCCUGGAGGGGAGCUAAGGAAGAGAUCGGCUGAAGAUGAGCUCAAGAUGAGACAGUAUCUCACUGAGGGAGAUCUCAUCAGUGCUGAGGUCCAGUCGGUGUUCUCUGACGGUGCUCUCUCACUACACACAAGGAGUCUCAAGUAUGGAAAGCUGGGGCAGGGCAUCAUGGUCAGAGUGUCGCCCUCUCUCAUCAAGCGACGAAAAACCCACUUCCACAACCUGACGUGUGGAGCUUCCGUCAUCUUGGGUAACAAUGGGUACGUGUGGAUCACCAGAACACCAACAGAAGAAGAGGAGGCACCGGAUGGAGGGUUUGUCCAGAAUCUGCAGCCUGUCUCCGAUGAGGAUCGUAGGGUGUUGGCAAGGUUACGGAACUGCAUCUUAGGUCUAGCUGAUCACAGGAUGAUGCUCUAUGAUACCAGUGUCAUCUAUACCUAUGCUGCCUCAGAAGACUAUCCAGUUGCUGAUCUUCUUAACCCUGAUAUCAUGAAGGAUGUCAUACUGAAGGUGAGACAGCAACUGAAUCAAGAAGCAACGUAAAGUACAUUCCUUCCAAAACAUUUUAGGGUCAGACGCAAACUUGAAAGCGAUACUGUCGGCAGUCUCCAGGGGCAAUGCGUCCUCAUUCGCUUACCCCGGACUUGGUGGAAUUAAUGUACGUACAAAUCUCGAUACCGCCCGCAGCAGAAUUUUGAUGACCGAUGAGAUGAUCACUGGAGAUUGCCUUGUAGACCGGGAGAACGUUCAGUGAGGGAGAUUUAUGAUGAUGAUGAGCUUUCCUUGUGAGUCCUUACAAACUGGAGUGUGUGUGCAUUACAUCGGACCUGUUGGUAAAGUGAAGUCCACUCUCUGUGAUGUAUAACAACAGUUAGGUAAACACCCAAAUGGUGUCAAGUUCUCCAUUAGAUCCCAUGAUUAUGUGUCUUUAAUAGUGCCUUGACAUCUCUGUUUUGUUACUGGAGAGCGUUCGGGUGAGGGUGAUUUAUGAUGAUGAUGAUGAGCUUUCCUCGCGAGUCCUUACUUACUGGAGUGCGUGUGCAUUACAUCAGACCUGUCGGUAAAAGUGAAGUCCACUCUCUGUGAUAUAUAACAACUGUUAGCAGGUAAACACCCAAAUGGUGUCAAAUUCUCCAUGAGAUCCCAUGAUAAUGUGUCUUUGAUAGUGCUUUGACGUCUCUGUUUUGUACCACAACAGAGUGGAUGAUACAGGAGAUAGUCUGGUGCAUUUUAUCCUGUCUUAAUGUCUAGGCCUGUCUUCAUCACCUUGAGAUUGCCAAAUAUCCCGCUAUUUUGACAAUCCCGAUUGGAAAUUAUCCAGUUAAUUUGCGUCUUUAUCAGCCCAA